AUGAAUAGGGAGAACAAAGGCAUACUAAAGGAUGAUAGAAUGGAGAAAUUAUUAAAAAAGGCAAAGAUAUUCCUAGAUCAAAGACAAAAAUCAAAAGCAAGAAUUGCAUCACUUUGGAGUUUCAUUGAUGUUACAAAUGUAUUGGAUCAAGCUCAAUUCUUUCAAGAGCAUGCCGAAGAUGUGUUCGAUGUAGUUUAUAAGUUAUUUAUGGGCCAAGUCGAAAAAAUAAAACAAAAACCUGAUAGACCCUUAACAUCUUCGUCAAAAGAAUUGUUAACUAUAAAUAAGACUUUGUUGUUAUUACGCAAAAUAUUUUUGUUCUUACCAGACAAAAUUAGAGUAGGGUGGCAGCGGAGACAAAUAGCUGAAAUGUUAUCCCAUCUGCUUGAUCACGGAAAUAAUCCGCGUGUUCGGAUACAAGGAUUUCAACUUUUGUUGUUAUGGUUAAAUGAUCAAACUAUCGAGUUGCAAGAGUGCAUACAUCUUUAUUCAAAUGCUAUUUCGUUAGACUUAUUUUUAUAUGAUCAAAUACGAAAUGGAGGCGAUGAUUAUUAUGAAAGGCAAAAUGUGUGGCGAAAAAGCAAUGUACCUUUAGGGCUAGGACAAGAGUUGAUUCGAUCUGAUGACCAAGGCCCACUAUUUCCGAAUCCUCAUCCACCUACAUUUAAUGAUGCUAUACAAUUGAUACAACUUGAUCUAAGUAGUCUUGUCCGACUAGCACAUGUUGCCGCAGGUUCAACACCACCACCAGAAAAUUAUGAUUUUCCUGCAAUUGAAAAUAUUGAGCCAGACAAUGGGAUAGCAGUCGGGAUGGGCAUUGAUGCUGCUUUUGCCGCCGCUAAAUUUCAUUUUGAUCUCACAAAAAAACAUUAUUUUGCAAAACUUUUUCCUCAAUGUGCUAAGAAUAUUGGUUUGCUGGCAGAAAAUCAAGACUACGGUUUUAAAAAGUGCCCACCAACAAUUCUCCGUGCAUUGAUCACGUUUUUUAUCCAUCAUUGUCUCGAUAAUCAUCAUAGCCCAUCAGAAAAGAUUUCAUCAUAUCCCUCACCUGCCACUCCGAUCCUAAAGUCUAUUGUACUAGGUCCUGAGAAUCGUGAAUUCGCGCAUGAAAUAGUGCGCCAAGCUCUUAUGCUGCCUGCUGGUAGUCCAUUAUAUAAAGAUAUUGUGAGAGGUGCUGUUCAUAUUGUUGGUGUCUGGAUACUUAGUGGGGAAGAAGAGAGGCCAGCUUUCUUACGCAAAUCUCCAUCACAGGGUCCACUAUCUGCCUCUAUAAUUGGAUCUUUUAAUCAUCAGACUUCCUCGGUAGACAAUCAGAGUGAACAAUCAAGUACACCAAUUAUUACACCUUCAUCAGUUACAUCGUUUUCCACAACAUAUUCGGACGCUAAUGUGUACCUCCGGAGAUAUAUUCAAUUAUUGAGUCUCGUUUUCGAAAAUCAUUCCUUCAUGACUCUCAACGGUAUGACCAAUCUAGAGGUAGAUUCGCAAGUUUCAAUAUAUAAAGACGUCCUUGCUCUUUAUCGAUCAAUGAUCUCGGAGGGGCCUAUUGAGUUAGAGACAGAAACAUGGGAGGUUUUACUUUUGUCACUUUUGGAUAUUCAAGAAAAAAUUAUGAAUCAGAAGGAUAAAUAUGCUGCAAUACCCUCGGUAUCAUUGGCAGAAGAACUGGCUGACUAUCUAGUCGAAACAGUACUGAAUGCAUUUGCGCGGUCAAAAGCUCAACAGCCUGACUUAUGGCGAGAAUUAAGAAAUCAAAUGAGUUAUAGUACAAGAUGGUCUCAAACUAUUUCCCAAUGGGCUAAAAUCAUGCUACGUCUUACUAAAAUAAUUUCGAAGCACGUAUAUAAUGUUGAUCUUGAUGCUCUUGAAUUAGAUCGUCGACUUUCGGAACUUUCUACCUCUGAACGCCAUUACCAUAGACGUAGACCUUCCAAAAAUCGCACACGACAUCUUUCUUUGCGAGGAACACACAAACAUAAAUCUUCUGGUAGUACUUCAUCACGUGAAGAGGUCUUGGGGGCUCUCAAUGCCGACUUUUCAUUUUCUUUUAAAAAUUCUGAUAGUAGUAAAUCCGGUCGUCGAACACUGAGUAUGCACCAAGAUAUGAAUUCGUUGGAUUCAAAAUUGUUAAGUGGGCAGCCUUUAUUUAAUGUUGUAAGCAGUGGCCCCGCUUCAUCAACGCAUUCUGGUAGUCUUGCGUUUGACGAUGCAACUGAUCCUAAAUCACACAGAACUUCAUCAUCUUCGGUGUUUUUCUCGCAUCCAAAUUUUAGUGGUGAAAAAUUAUCAAUAUCUUUGGGCAAUUUCAGAUGUCCCGAUUAUUGUAAUUUGGAGCCAUUGCCAUGGAAUGGUGAAAGUGCCGUUCUAGUAUGGAAAAAUAUGUUAUGUGCACUAGGAAAUGUAAACUAUAUACAGAUUACGUCAAAUCAUGCAGAUGCAAUAAAAUGCCUCGUAGAUAUGUUAGAAAUGCUAGAAUUAGUUCGUAAUAACAAAUGUGGAAAUUUUUCGUUAUCUUUACAUUACGACUUUGCUCCUUGGUUUUUUCAAGCUUGUGAUUUACCCUUGGCAUUUGCUCCAGGACGCGCAUUGGCGUAUGCUGGAUUAUGUAAAAUGAUGUCUCAACGUCAAGAUCAAGAAUUUGACGAAGCGUUUUAUCCACAUUUUUAUCGUGCUUUACUCAAAGGAUUUUCAGAUCAGGACAUUUCAAUAACACUUGCAAUUGUGAAUAAUUCUACAAAACUCUUCUCUCGGGAGCUUCCAGGAUACAGUAUCUUAUAUCAGAGUUUUAUUGAAGCAAUUCGGAAUAUGCCAUUAAAGGAUGACAAACAUAUACCUGAACUUGCGAAACAGAACGCCAUUGCAAUAAUUUGCUUUCUGAUUUGUACAGUAAAUCAAAUGCCGACUGUAAAAGUUCCAAUAAUAUCGUAUGAAAAUCUCGUUCAGUUUAAUAAUACUGACUUGGAUGUAUCAGAAUUAGGUCAUUUCGAUAGCAUGCGAUUUUCUGAAAUAAGAUUACUUUUAGAGGACACUUUAAUAUCCUCUCUUGCAGAUGAAAUGUCUAUUUAUAAUUACGAGACACAUAAUAUGUUGUUGUAUGGGAUUUUUACAUUUGCUUUUGAUGAACUUACCGCUACACCAUGGCCCGACAAAACCAUAGUCAAGGAAUGUUUUCAAGCAUUAUUAGAACAGUUAUACUGGAGUCACUUGCCAAUUGUUAGUGCAGCUACAGAUUGUUUGACCUCUUUUGCACAAAAUUCAUCUAUUUGGUGCGAUGAAGAUGAGAUAUACAUUAUGAUAUUACAAGAUGUAUUUGCAUAUCUUAUUGGCGCACUCAAUGAACAUCUUAAUUUGCAUAAAACAUCAAAUAGAAAUGGCAGAGGAUUCAUAAUAGCAAAGUUAUUUUAUUGCCUUCUCGAGUGGCUAAUGGUCAUUCCAACCAAUCUUUUUACAGAUACAGAAUUAUGCCAAUUAGUAUUUGAUGUGAUUGACAUGGCACUUGAAGCCCCGGGUUCUGAUUCGCCAAGAAUUUACAGAAAACACUGUACAAAUUUAUCAAAUAGAGAUGGGAAAAAUAGAGACCGAGAUAACAAUGUGAGAUUUAAGAAAGCAGAGAGAAAAGUUGCGUCGAGCCCAACUUUUGACAAUGAGCAGAAUAUUCACGUAGUUGGAGUAGAAAAUGAUAUAGAGGAUUCUAAUUUUGUCAAAGAAGUUGCAGAAUAUGUGUUAUUACAUUUAACACACCAUUUGGAUAACUUUUCUCCUCUUCAUGGUCCUGCAAUGAUGAAUAGCACUUUAAUCGGGCCAUUAGGAAAUGACACUAAAUAUGAUGAGGCAUCUGAUAAUUACCAUUAUUUUUCUUUUAACGAUACGACAAUAAUUACUUUAAUUGAAAUACCAGGAGAUAAUGCACCAGUAUCUCGAAUGAUUAUACGAGACUUUUCUGGUCGAUACGCAUGGGAUUCUAGUUUAUUUUAUAAAGCCUCUCUUGAUGAUAAAUAUUCCGAGAGAGAAAACGCAUAUAAAACUACUGAAAUUAUUGACCAUAUAAUUCUGAGACCUGAUAUCAAAGUUGAGUCAAGUAACAAUAAGCCUAAGUCUAAUAACUCAUCACCAAAGAUAAAAUCACGCUAUCGAUCAGGCAAUUUUUUUAAAGAUAAAAAUCGAUUGCCUGUAUGGACUGAAACAAGUAGUUCUGAAAAUGUAAAUAUGUUGGAUAAUCUACUCCAAUAUAUUGACCAACAAUCGCUAUGUACAAAAGAUGAAGAGGUUUUACCAAGCACAUCGUUAAAUGUUUUAAAUGAUUUAUCUCAAAUUGAAGAUCAAUUAGACCGGCACAUACAGGAAGAAACACUUUACGACAAUUCAAUAAACAGCCAGGCAAAAUUAUGGUACGAUAAUAUAAUUUCCCUUAGAAACAAUAUCUUUCAAGAACGUGAAAAUCGUCACGCAAUUAAACGGCGUUCGCGAAGCCCACUUUAUACUCGGUCUACAUCCUACUUAUCGCUUGGGGCAGAUUUCUCACUAUCAAAAUCAUUUAUUCCGGUUCUGCCCCCUGAAGCCGAAAAACCUAAAGAACCUUAUCAACUUUGUCGAUUAUUUUUAAGCCAUUUUGGGUGGCUUGAUCCUGAAGCACUGAAAGAUGAUUCUAUUUGUAUGUUAAAUAAAUCAUCUAAUUUAUUUCGUGAUAUACGCUUUUUAGACAAGAAGCAUGCCCGUGAAGUAAUUAAGGUCGCACUCUUGUAUGUUGGUCCUGGUCAAGAAAAUGAAAAAAGUAUUUUGCAUAAUAUGAAUGGUAGCCCAUUAUAUGAUGAAUUUGUGGCAAGUCUUGGAUGGGAAAUUGAGCUUGCAACACAUCCUGGAUAUCUUGGUGGAUUAGAACGAAAUGCAACCAAUGGUCUUACAUCAAUUUAUUAUUGCACUUCGACACUCGAAAUAAUUUUCCAUGACGUAACAAAGAUGCCAACCGAUUUAACUGAUCCUAAGCAACUAAGAAAAAAACGUCACAUAGGUAACGAUUCUGUUCACAUAGUAUUUAACGAGCAUAACAGAGAUUAUCGUAAGACGACUAUUGGAGGUGAUUUUGGUAACGCACAAAUUGUUGUUACUCCUUUGCCUAAUGGACUGUUUAGCAUAGACAUUUAUCGCGAUAACAAAAUCCCUCCAUUUGGGCCAUUAUUGCAUGGCAUGGUAAUAUCGAAGAAUGUGUUAGGGCCUUUGGUACGACAAACAGCAGUUCAAGCAUUUCGAAAUAGUUUUUGUAAUAUUCAUAGUUCAAAUAUAACAAUGUGCCAUAAUUCAUAUAUGGAACGUGCAUCAGAUAUUAGCUUAAUAACGGGGCGGCAUAAAAACCCCAAUACUUAUGAAGCAUUUAUGUCAAAAUUUUUUGUCUCAGAUUAUGUUCAUUAA